AUGCCGAAACCACGAACAAAACGAGGAGGCGACCGCGACGAGCGCAAGAGGAAGCGAUACGACGACACCGAAGCGAAUUUCGACGCCGACACCAAGCGCCGGCGUCGAGAUGACGAGGCCAACGGCAACGAAUACGGAUAUGGCGACGAAGAAUUCUCACAACACCAAGGCCAUGCUGGCGAGAGGGAAUUCUUCGGCAUGCUGGCUGAUGACGAGCAAGAAUACUUUCGACGAGCGGAUGAGAUGCUGGAACUGAACCAAUUCCCGACCCCCGAGGAGCGAGACAUCUUUUUGCAGAGCGUCUACCGUGAAGCAAAAGGCAAGGAGCUCAAGGUCGCCAGCAGCCAGUCUUGCUCUCGGCUGAUGGAGCGACUGAUACAACUCGCCUCCACAGCCCAGAAAAAGCAAUUGUUCGAGGCAUUUGGUGGCCACUUUUUGUCGCUGGUGCAGCACCGCUUUGCUAGUCAUUGCUGCGAGGCGCUGUUCCUCCGAUCUGCUGGUGUUGUCACUCAAGAGCUUGCUGGUUUUACCGGUUUUGUCAUGGAUACCAAGGGUGCAGAUGUCGAUGCGCAGCAGCCUGAAGCUUCCAUGGAGCAUCUAUUCUUGGCGACAUUGGAUGAGCUUGAGGGCAGCUUGGGUUAUCUCAUCACUGACCGAUUCGCUUCACAUACUCUGCGAGUCUUGCUACUAGUAUUAUCCGGAAUGCCUCUUGAAGAGCAGUCGUCGCGUACGCUAUUAAAGAGCAAGAGGAAGGAGAAGAUCACAGUUGUCGGAUCUACAGCGGCAGAUGCGCAAAACCACGGCAAGCGAGCAGUGCCGGCAUCUUUCACCAUGGCGGCCAACAAGAUCAUGCGAGACUCGGUAGCAGGAAUGGAUGCCACUGGAAUACAAGUCCUGGCCAAACACCCCAUUGGCAACCCGAUCCUUCAGCUCAUCCUGGAACUUGACUUAACACUCAACAAGGGUGAACCCAAGGGCGAGGAUGCAAACGCUGGUGAUACUUCCCCUUCUCUUCUCCAGCUACUUCUCCCCGACGCUCCCCGAUCACUGUCUGAUGGCUCUUCUGCGGCUUCCGAAUUCGUCAACGGCAUGAUCUACGACCAGAUCGGCUCGCGACUUAUCGAAACGCUUGUCGCACAUGCGCCGGGCAAGAUUUUCAAGGCUCUCAACCAGAAUAUAUUCCUACCCAGGAUACAAGGCUAUGUCCGCAACGACAUCUCAUGCUAUCCUGCUAUCAAGGUGCUUCAACGACUGGGCAAGGACGACCUCGCAAAGGCUGUCGAUCAAAUCGCGCCUACUAUUCCCCAGCUGGUCUCCAAAGCAAGAUAUAACGUUUUGUCGACCCUCUUUGAACGAUGCGCGGCUAGGAACAUCAAUGACGAAAUUAAAAAGUUGAUGAAGGGCUUAAAGGAGGGAUGCGGCAGCCAACCCGCUGAUUUAGUCAUGACGUUGUGUUCGUUUUCAGCCAGCGAAGAGGAAGAGAAGAAAAAGAAGAAGGAUGUUACGCAAGUAACCAAGAACGAAUAUGCUGUCCAAUCCCACGGCGCCAAUCUACUUACCACUUUGCUCUCAAUAUCCGGCCCAUCAAAGGGUGUCCAAGAAUCCAUCCUUGCUUUGCCGUCCGACAUUGUCCUCCGCCUCGCCAACACGUCUCUACCAACCGUUUCCGUCCUCACCACCGCCAUCAACACUCCGUCUUCCAACUCCAUUUUCCAAAAGAGUCUCAUUAACACACUGAUGCCACACAUGCCCGACCUGGCAACAUCCCAGUAUGGCCACAACCUUAUCAACGCCAUCGCCGAAAUCCCCAGCAAGGGUAAGGAUUGGAGCAUCCCUCAGCACAUGAAGGAUCGGAUCAUGGCCGCCCUCGGAGCGCACGAAUCCCAGCUGAGAGAGUCAUGGAUGGGAAGGAGCGUCUGGAGGACGUGGAAGGGAGAUAUGUGGAAGACACGACGGUUUGACUGGAAGAGCUGGAUGAAGGAGUUGGAUGAGACCAAGGCUCCGGCUGCGGCUGCGCCUAAGAACAAGGGGGAGGCCAAGGCGAAUGGCGAGAUGAAGGCUGUCAAGGACGACGAGGAUGUUGAGCAGAAGCUUGAAAAGGCAGAAGAAAAUGACGAGGUAGCCGUCGAAGAUGGUGACGAAAAAGAAGAGAAGAAGGAGAGAAAAGAAAGAAAGGAAAAGAAAGAAAAGAAGGAGAAGAAGGAGAAAAAGGAGAAGAAAGAGAAGAAAGUCAAAGAAGAUGGCGAGGAGCAGGAAAAGAAGAAGAAGAAGAAAAAGAAGUCAAAGGACGAGGACGUCGAGAUGGCUGAUGCUGAAGAGUGA